AUGGCUUGUUUCAAUGGUCCCGAAAUCGUACCUGAUACGAAUCUUACGAAUUUUUUGUCUCGUCUAACGCGUAGGAAUCCCACGCCCAUGGUUUCUUAUCGGCGGUUCCCCGAAGUUAACAUUGAUGUUGGUCUUCGAAAUACAAUCGUUGCUGUCUUAUCUGGCAUUGCAUUCGCAUGCGGAUGGUGGGUUAUUAUUGAUGCCGCUGCAUGCUAUGGGCCGGAGUCCUUGCCUCAUCCAACUCAUGCGAUUGGGGCUAUCGCUACUGUGGGAUUCAUACUUCUCAACAUCAUACCUCAACACGCGUUAACGAGUGAUAUUGAGGACCCGAAAGCCUGCACCGUGUUGUUUGUAGGCGUGCUUACUAACUUUGUAACUCUAAUCGCUGCCGCAUGGGUAAUGUUCGCCUCCUACGUUACCGGCAAUAUCAAGCCCGUCUGGCCGGGUGUCGCACUCUUCCUGCAGAACCUUCUCAUUUUUAUUGCCGCUUUCCUCUUCCGCUUCGGACGAUACCACGAGUCAUUCAGCUUUUGA